CCUCUUCUUCCACAGGAUGGUUCAGAAGAACACCACAAUGUCCCACAGGAUGAUCAGGUUCUGAAUCCAUUUGAAGAUCUGAACAUUAUAUAUGUUACAGAAACAGAUGUGAAGGGUGAGGAGCAGAGUAUAGAGGACAUUCUUACAGAUAACUGCCCAGAUGACUGUACCAGGAACUCAGAGGGAUAUCUGAUAUCUUCAGAUUGUAAAACAAAUGAUCAUGCUAUGGCUCAAGAUACAUAUGAAGAACAUGCUUUUAUCCCAGAUAUAUCAUCAGCCCUUCAUGACAAAGGGCCAUCAUCUGAUGAUUUAAAACAGAUCCAAACUUCUGAUUCAUCACAAACUGUAACACAAAAUAAAAGUCACAGAAGGAGUGAACAUCCAAGAGCUCAAACAGAGGAAAAGCCAUUUUCAUGUACAGAAUGUGGGAAAGAUUUUAAAUAUAAAUCACAACUUGUUAUACAUCAGAGAAUUCACACAGGGGAGAAGCCGUUCUCAUGUCCAGAAUGUGGGAAAUGUUUUUACCAGAAAUCAAAACUUGUUUACCAUCAAGUAACUCACACAGGGGAGAAGCCAUAUUCUUGUUCAGUAUGUGGGAAAUGUUUUACAGAAAAGUCAAAUCUUGUUAUACAUCACAUGGUUCACACAGGAGAGAGGCCAUAUUCAUGUUCAGAAUGUGGGAAAUGUUUUGUCCAGAGACCAAAACUUAUUAGGCAUCAAAGAACUCACACAGGGGAGAAGCCAUUUUCAUGUUCAGAAUGUGGGAAAUGUUUUGGAGAUAAAUCAGAUCUUGUUACUCAUCAGAAAAUUCACACAGGGGAGAAGCCAUUUUCAUGUUCAGAAUGUGGGAAAUGUUUUAGAAAUAAAUCAGCUCUUCUUACUCAUCACAAAAUUCACACAGGGGAGAAGCCAUAUUCAUGUUCAGAAUGUGGGAAAUGUUUUAAGCAGAAAGUAUAUCUUAUUAUUCAUCAGAGAAUUCACACAGGGGAGAAGCCAUUUUCAUGCUCAGAAUGUGGGAAGUGUUUUGCUCAGAAAUCAGAUCUUGUUAAACAUCAGAGAAUUCACACAGGAGAGAAGCCAUUUGCAUGUUCAGAAUGUGGAAAAUGUUUUAUCCAGAAAUCAAAACUUACUAAGCAUCAACUUAUUCACACAGAGAAGAAGUAAUUUCAUGUUUAGAAUGGUCAGCCCUUGCUGAUCAUCGAAGAACCCACACAAGGGAGAAGCCAUAUUUAGGUUCAGGAUGUGGAAGUAUUUUGACAAGAAUUCAAAUCUUGCAGCGCAUCAAAGAAUUCACUUAGAGGAGAAACCACAUUUAUGAUCUAAACGUGGGAAGCGUUUUACAAAAAAAAUCUAAACUUGUUAAACACUGCAGCUUCCACAUUGGAGAAGCCAUUCAUAGAAUCUGAAAAGUGUUUUACAGAUAAAUGAAAUGUUGUAAUGCAUCAAAUAAGUCACACAGGGGUGAAACCAUAUUCAUGUUGAGAAUGUGUGAAAUGUUUUACAAAUAAUGAGAUAAAUCACUAUAUCUUGUUACAAGAGAAUUUACAUGGGGAGAAGCCAUUCUCAUGUUCAGGAUGUGAAAAAUAUCCAGAAAUCAAAUCUUAUUAGGCAUCAAAUAAUUCUCCCAGGGAAAACCAUAUGUCUGAAUGUAGGGAUCAUUUUUACAGAUAGGUGUUAUGCAUCAUACAGGUGUCCCCCAACAUGUUUCACUGCACUAAGCAUCUACCCCCUUUCAUAGCCUUCUGUGACUCAUCUUAGGUGGACUGACCCCUCCUAAUGAUGUUACUAUUCAUGGUUGGUCAAGAGUCAUAUGAUCAUACCUUGCUGGACUACAAUGUGGUCAGGUAUAGUGUGCUUUCCAGCGAUCACCAUACCAGAAGCGAGAUGCGUUCCAUCGACGUCAGACUGCAGGUUUCCUUGUUAAAUAUAUAUGUAUUCCGCCUAUAGAAACAUCUUGAAUGCUUUCUUAAUUAUAUAAAAAUAAA